CGGAGCCUCCGUUCUGCAGGAAAGCCACGAGCUCGGCUGAGGGGCGCGUUGGGGGAGAGCCAUCCCGCCCCCCCCCCGCCCUCGGACGGGUUUGCACCAUGAGUUUCUUGAUCGAUUCCAGCAUUAUGGUCAUCUCCCAGGUGCUGUUUUUUGGAUUUGGAUGGUUGUUCUUCAUGCGCCGACUCUUCAAAGACUAUGAGGUUCGGCAGUAUGUUGUACAGGUUGUCUUCUCUGUAACCUUUGCUUUUUCAUGCACCAUGUUUGAACUUAUCAUUUUUGAGAUUCUAGGCAUCCUAAGCAGCAGCUCUCGGUAUUUCCAUUGGAAAUUAAAUCUUUGCGUGAUUUUGCUUGUACUGGUAUUCAUGGUCCCCUUUUAUAUUGGUUACUUUGUUGUGAGCAACAUUCGAUUGUUACACAGACAAAGACUUCUUUUUGCCUGUGUUGUCUGGCUAAUAUUUAUGUAUUUCUUCUGGAAACUGGGAGAUCCAUUUCCUAUCCUUAGUCCAAAACAUGGAAUUUUAUCCAUAGAACAACUCAUCAGUAGGGUGGGAGUGAUUGGGGUGACCCUCAUGGCCUUGCUCUCUGGCUUUGGUGCAGUGAAUUGUCCAUAUACCUAUAUGUCUUAUUUUCUCAGGAAUGUCACAGAUGCUGAUAUUCUAUCUCUAGAACGUCGACUCCUCCAGACAAUGGACAUGAUCAUCAGCAAAAAGAAAAGGAUAGCAAUGGUUCACAGAAACAUGUUCCAGAGAGGGGAAGUACACAACAAAACCACUGGUUUCUGGGGAAUUAUAAAAAGUGUCACAACAUCUUCACCAGGCAGUGAAAAUUUGACACUCAUCCAGCAAGAAAUUGAUGCUUUAGAAGAACUUAGUCGGCAACUUUUCUUGGAAACAGUUGAUUUGCAUGCUACCAAGGAAAGAAUAGAAUAUUCUAAAACAUUCCAAGGGAAAUAUUUCAACUUUCUGGGUUAUUUUUUCUCCAUUUACUGUGUCUGGAAAACUUUUAUGGCAACAAUCAAUAUUGUAUUUGACCGAGUUGGAAAGACAGAUCCAGUAACGAGAGGAAUUGAGAUUACUGUGAAUUAUUUGGGGAUACAGUUUGAUGUAAAAUUCUGGUCCCAGCAUAUUUCAUUUAUUCUUGUUGGAAUAAUUAUUGUCACCUCUAUCAGGGGCUUAUUAAUAACACUCACAAAGUUUUUCUAUGCUAUCUCAAGCAGCAAGUCUUCUAAUGUUAUUGUUCUGUUGCUGGCACAGAUUAUGGGAAUGUAUUUUGUGUCUUCUGUGCUUCUGAUUCGAAUGAGUAUGCCUUUAGAGUAUCGUACUAUCAUCACCGAAGUUUUAGGAGAAUUACAGUUUAAUUUCUACCACCGAUGGUUUGAUGUUAUAUUUCUUGUCAGUGCUCUCUCCAGCAUCCUGUUUCUCUAUCUGGCACAUAAGCAGGCUCCUGAGAAACAUAUGACACUCUGAAUUUAUUUUAAUUCUACAGCCUGCAGUUAUUUUCAAUUAUGAAAUUGGCAUAUCACCAUUUUAAGAUGACUCUUCAAUGAUGGACACUCAUUUCUUUGGUUCAAAUCAGAUGCUUCACUAUAGACAUGGACUGACAAGCAGUCUCACAAGGACAGCCUCCAGCUCCAUAAAAAAUAAAAAUAAAAAAUAAAAGGGAAUAUUAGAGACCUCUCAAAAGUCUGAAUAUGAUGAUACCAUUCUGCAAUUUUUAUUCAAUGGAGUUGGCAAAAUAUUUGCUUCAUCGUCUUUACCUUGAAGAUAAUGAUUCUAAAGACUAAAUAAAACAAUAUUUAUAAAAAUUC